CACCAGAGCAUAGCUCCUCGGCGACAUGGCCCUGUCCGCGAUGCCCCUCUUGCCCUCCGACGAUGCGGCCGAGCCCGUGGUCGGGACCCCGCUCCUCUCGGGUCUAGUCUACACGACCAAGCCAAAGACUGCCGUGAGCGAGAACGGAGUCACCUACCAGAUCCUCGGCGACGAGGCGCAGUCGGUGGAGGUGAUGCUGCGGCCGGGGCAGGUGAUGCGCAUGGAACCUGGCAAGAUGGUGCACAUGCACGCGUCACUGAUGCCCGAGAUUGGCACGGACGGCGGCUUUGGCCAGGCGUGCAUGCGGGCCUGCUGCGCGGGCGGCUCGUUGUUUCGCCUGAUGUUUGAGAACAAGACGUUCCAGGACGUCCCGAUGGCAGCGUCGCCCUCGUGGCCAGCCAAGGUUGUCCCGUUUGACAUGUCCAACUACAACGGGCUGCACCUCAGUGCGAGCGCGUGGUUCGCCUCUGUCGCGACCACCACCGAGUUCUCCAUCAAGCGCGCGGACACCGUCGGCGCCGCUUGCUGCGGCGGGCAGGGUCUUUUCUACAAUGUCAUGACGGGCGACGGCGUGGCCUUCCUCUGCGGCGGCGGCGCGAUCGUUGAGAAGAGCCUCGCGCCAGGAGAGGUCUACGUGAUCGACACCUCCUCGCUCCUAGCCUGGGAGCCCUCGGUCAACCUGUCAGUCCGCCGCGCGGGUGGCCUGCUCAUGUGCUGCUGCGGCGGCGAGGGCCUCUUCCUGAAUGAGAUGACGGGCCCGGGACGGCUGUGGAUCCAGCCGAUGCCGCUCAAGAAGCUGAAGGCCGCGGUCGCCAUGCCGGGCGGCGGCGGCGGCGGCGGUGGCGGUGGCGGCGGCGGCGGCGAUGGCGGUGGCGGUGGCUAGAGAGCGAGGAGGCGUUCGUCGCCAGUGUUUCGCGCACCAAGAAGUCUCGCGGUGGGUCGCUACGUAGCUCCGCGUGCGCCGGUCGGCUUCCUGUUUGAGGUGUGAACGGUCAAGGACCAAGGUGAUCGAUGCCGUUUCGUCAUGUGCGUGUAUGUUUUUGUCCCACUACUGAAAACUGAUAACUGUC